AUGAAGUGGCUUUUGUUGAUAACGCACCUGUCCGUGGCCUUAGCUGGAGCUAGCCACAGGAAGCACCUAGUUUCACCGGAUGACUUUCCGUCUGAGAUUCGACUGAAAGACCUCCUGAAGGGGACCCAGCACCUUGAGGACCUCGCGUAUGCAUAUCCUGAACGUAAUCGUGUCUUCGGCGGUGCAGCACACAACGCUACUGUUGACUUCCUCUAUCGCGAGUUGAAGAAGACCGGCUAUUAUGAUGUGUACAAGCAGCAACAGGUGCACACAUGGACCACUGCAAAGACCACCCUGACGCUCGACGGGGCAUCCAUCGAAGCGACCGCUAUGACAUACAGUCCCAGCGUUGAUGUUACUGCGGAGCUGGUAGUGGUUGCAAACCUCGGAUGCAGUGCAUCGGACUACCCCGCUGAGGUGGCUGGUGCAGUCGCCCUGAUUAAACGUGGAGAAUGUACUUUCGGAGAAAAGGCGCUAAUGGCUGGUGCGGCCAAGGCAGCCGCGGCAAUUGUCUAUAACAACGAGGCAGGUUCUCUUAGUGGAACAUUGGGUGCAGUAUCCAGUGAUUAUGCCGGUAUUGCGGGAGUCUCUGAUGUCGACGGCAAGGCCCUACUCAGUGCGGCAGCGACGGGCGCCGCUGUGUCUUUUGAGAUUGACAGCAGAAUUGAGAAUCGCACUACAUUCAACGUGAUUGCAGAGACCAAGGGUGGUGAUCACAAGAACGUCGUCGCAUUGGGAGGCCACACCGAUUCAGUCGAUGCCGGCCCAGGAAUCAAUGAUGAUGGCUCUGGAAUCAUCGGCAACCUCGUGGUAGCAAAAGCGUUGACGAAAUUCUCUGUUAAGAAUGCCGUGAGAUUCUGCUUCUGGACAGGAGAGGAGUUCGGUCUAUUGGGUAGCGAGUACUACACUUCGCACCUGAGCGCUAAAGAGCUCGCCAAAAUCAGGCUUUACCUCAAUUUCGAUAUGAUUGCCUCGCCUAACUAUGCGCUGAUGAUCUAUGAUGGCGAUGGAAGCGCCUUCAACGAGACUGGGCCACCAGGUUCUGCCGAGAUCGAGCAUUUGUUUGAGAAAUACUUCAAAUCCAAGAGACUGCCGUAUAUUCCUACCGAGUUUGACGGCCGGUCCGACUACGACGGUUUUAUUUCACGUGGAAUCCCCGCCGGUGGGCUUUUCACUGGUGCUGAAGGCAUCAAGACCGAAGCAGAAGCGAAACUGUUUGGAGGAGAAGCAAAUGUGGCCUACGACGUGAAUUAUCAUGCUGCCGGAGAUAACAUGACCAAUCUCAACCACAAGGCGUUCCUGAUUAAUGCAAAGGCUACGGCUUUCGCUGUCGCAAAAUACGCCAACAGCCUUGCUUCGAUCCCCAAGCGGAGCGCAGCACCCGUCGAGGUCAAGAAAAGAGCACCACGGUCGCAUGCCCACACCACGAAGACUGGAUGUUUCCACUCUCUGGUCGAAAUUUAA